AUGGAUUAUGGAACUAGUUAUGGUAAUACAACUCAUUUAAGUUGGAGUGAAGAAGAUGUGGGUAAUGUAGUAGGAGAUAGAUAUGUGGAUAUGGUGAAUGAUGCAUUUCAUGGUAAUUAUCAUCAAGAUGAUAGUUAUCAGAAUGUAGGUAACCAUCCCCAACAAUUUUACGAUUUGUUAGAAGCUGGGAAAAAACCAUUACAUGAUGGUUGUCAUGAAGGUCACUCGCAGUUAUCUUUAGCUGCUCGGUUCAUGCAAAAUAAGGUAGAUUAUAAUAUGAGUGAAAAGUGUGUGGAUUCGUGGGCAUCUUUGUUUACGGAGUAUUUACCAGAAGGAAAUCAGUCAACCAAGUCACAUUACGAGACAGAGAAAUUGAUGGGAAAUUUGGGGCUUCCGUUUCAUAAAAUCGAUGUUUGUAUUAACAAUUGUAUGAUCUUCUGGAAAGAAGAUGAAAUGUGGGAGGAGUGUAAAUUUUGUCAGUCACCCAGAUAUAAACCUAACAAAGGACGACGUUCACGAACCAGAAUACCAUAUAGUCGUAUGUGGUAUCUACCUAUUGGUGAUAGAUUAAAGAGGAUGUAUCAGAGCCAGAAGACUGCAGCGACAAUGAGAUGGCAUGCUGAAAACCAUGCAAAGGAGGGCGAAAUGUGUCAUCCCUGUGAUGCUGCAGAGUGGAAAUAUUUUCAAGAUCUACAUCCCCAAUUUGCUGAAGAACCCCGUAACAUGUAUCUUGGGUUAUGUACAGAUGGAUUCAAUCCAUUUGGCAUGUCUCGUAAUCAUUCAUUAUGGCCUGUGAUCUUGACUCCUUAUAAUUUACCCCCUGGUAUGUGCAUGAAGACUGAGUACUUGUUCCUCACAAUACUGAAUUCUGGGCCAAAUCAUCCGCGUGCUAGUCUCGAUAUCUUCCUCCGACCUCUUAUCGAGGAGUUAAAAGAAUUAUGGUCAACUGGAAUCAAUGCAUACGAUGUAUCUUUGCAGCAGAAUUUCAAACUAAAGGUUGUGCUGAUGUGGAUGAUAAGCGACUUUCCGGCGUAUGGCAUGUUGUCAGGAUGGACGACCCAUGGUAGAUUGGCUUGUCCAAUUUGUAUGGACGAUACAAAGGCAUUUUAUCUGCCUAAUGGAAGGAGGACGUGUUGGUUUGAUUGUCAUAGGAGGUUUCUCCCUCAUGGUCAUCCAUUACGAAAGAAUAGAAAAGACUUUUUGAAGGGUAGACACGCUAUAAAUGAGUCACCACCACAGUCUUUGACAGGUGAACAAGUUUAUAGUGAGCGAAUAGAAACUGUCAAUCCUGCAAAAACGUCUGAUUGCGGUGGAAACGGUCAUGAAAAAAAGAUGCCCGGAUAUGGGAAGUGGCAUAACUGGCACAAAGAAAGUAUAUUUUGGGAGUUGCCUUACUGGAGGGACCUCAAUCUCCGACAUAAUCUUGAUGUGAUGCAUAUAGAGAAGAAUUUCUUUGAUAACAUCAUGAAUACUCUAAUGAGUGUUGCGGGUAAAUCAAAAGACAAUAUCAAGUCAAGGUUGGAUAUAGAACGAUUUUGUGAUCGGGCACACGUACAUCUUGCUGAAAAUGGUCAAGCUCCUUUUCCAGUAUACACAUUGGAAGAAGCUGAUAGAAGAAGAUUAUUGGAAUGUGUGAAAGGGGUACAAUUUCCUGACGGUUAUGCGUCAGACUUAGCUGCUUGUGUUGAUAUAGAAAGAGGAAAGCUUUCCGGCAUGACUGCCAUGUUUUUAUGGAACGGCUACUUCCAUUUAUCUUUUCAGAACUCUUGGACCGUAAUGUCCACCUAG